AUAGCCGCGUGCGGCCGGGCGCGCCCGCAUCCCCGGCCCGGCCAUGACCCUGCGGCGGCCCCGCGCCCGGCCGCGCCCGCGGGACGAGGCGGAGGAGGCGGCGGACGUGUACCGGGCUCUGGCCGCCUCCGGGGGCACCCUGCCCCGCGCCCGCAAGGGCUCUGGAUUCAAGUGGAAACUCCUGAGCGAGUCCCCAGAGGAGCACAGGCGAGCCGUCACGCUAGAGAAGAAGGAGGAGGAGGCGUUCGGGUUUGAGAUCCAGACCUAUGGCCUCCACCACCAGGACAAGCGGAGCGUGGAGAUGUUCACCUUCGUGUGCCGCGUGCACCAGGGCAGCCCAGCCCAGCUCGCCGGGCUCAAACCAGGGGACAGCAUCACAGCUGUGAAUGGGCUGAAUGUGGAGGGCAUCCGGCACCGAGAGAUCGUGGAGAUCAUCAAGGCCUCGGGAAACGUGCUCAGGCUCGACACGCUGUACGGGACGUCCAUCCGGAGAGCGGAGCUUGAGGCCCGGCUGCAGUACUUGAAGCAAACCCUGUAUGAAAAGUGGGGCGAGUACCGCUCGCUGAUGGUGCAGGAGCAGAGGCUGGUGCGUGGCAUAGUUGUGAAGGACCCCAGCAUCUACGACACGCUGGAGUCGGUGCGCUCCUGCCUGUACAGUGCCGGGCUCAUGAGCGGCUCCCCCCUCGGGCAGAUGCUGUCGGGCGCGGGCAGCACCUAUGGCAGUGCCAGCUGUGUCAGCACUGCCACGGAUGAGAGCGAGGACUCCCUCUACCAGACUUGCCUCUUCGACUCGGCUGACUCACUGGACACGGCGUCCACCCGUCAUGGGGCCACCGCACCCCCCGCCCUCUCGCCCCGCCGGCCCGCGCUGACCCGCAGCGCCAGCGUCAAGUGCACGGGCAGUGCCAGCAGCAAUGGGGCGGCCGGCCCUUUCUGGGACAAGCCCUGUGCCCCGGCCAGUGGCGUUGCUGGCCCCCGCAAGAGUAAACACACCAGCUUCCGCAAGAGACUGCUCAAGUUCAUCCCCGGCCUCAACCGCUCACUGGAGGAGGAGGAGAGUCACCUCUAGGCACCGACUGGGCGCGGGGCACAUGGGGGUACAGCCACCUUCCCAGGACUUAUUUAUUUAUCUAUUUAUUGCCCUGGCCCCAGGUGACCGCGGGGUGCUUGUGCCUGGGGGACGAUGCCAUGGAGGUAGGGGAACUCCUGGCCGGUUUUACCUCUAUGGCGAAGCCAAAGACCUGGUCAGGGGCAGUGCGUGCCUGUUGGAGGGGAGCACCUCUUUCUGCCGGCAUGGUGGGGCUGGUGGUCAGACCCUGCCCUGCCAGGCACCCAGGCCCUGGGUGUGGUGCUGUGAGCGGGUGUCCACAGGCCUGGUGCUCUCAGGCAAGGCCAGCCUGCAGGGAGUAGCCAUGGCACAGGCAUGGUGCAAGGAGCUGCUCUGAGCACCGCCGGGCGCCAAGGCCCUCAGCCACCGCCCGGCUGCAGGGAGCCCCGGUGCAUCUUUGCACCGUGUCCUGCCUUGCCAGUGUUCUCGGCUGUUACCCGCGUGCCUGCGUGAUACUCGGGGACUUGGGGCUAGCCCGUGAAGCGUAGAGCCCCUGGGCCAGCCCCGGGCUGCCGCCGAGAGCUGCUCCCCGCAGCCUCCUGGAAAACUUGGCUUUAGCUGUGUCUGGGCCACAGCUCGUCCCUGCGCUCGGGGGCGGAGAGACUGUUUCCACCGCGGGGAAGUUCCCGGCUGAGCUGCCGUGGCGCUGACUCUUUAUCUCAGGAAAUGGAGCAGGAAGGAGGUGGCUGGGCCCGAGGCAGCUCCACGAUGUGCUGGGCGGCAGGACGGGCCCGGCUGGAGGCCCCAGGGCAGGGGCAGCUCUGUACAAUGUCACUCACUGCUUGUGGUGGGCACAGAGGCGUUCAAUACAGCAAGACUUUUUUGCA